AUGUUAGCCUUACGACGAGUAUCAACUAUUUAUCAGUAUACUCAUCCUUUAUCAUCAUAUCAAUAUCGAUUUCGAUCGAAAAAAUCAACAAAUGAUGAUGAAUCAAAACCAAAUUCAACUCAUUUUAAUGAAGAACUUUUAAAUUUUGAACGAAAAAAUAUCAAUACUCCGAAAAAUACAUUUAAAAAUAAAAGAAAUCUUACAAAUGAUAAUAAAUUAGAAAAAAAACAAUCGAUUACUAGUAAAACAUUAUUAUCCAAUGAUGAUAGUAAUCAAACAGAUGAUCUUCUACAAAGUUUAAAUAUUCAGAAUGUAAAUCGAAGAAAAAAUUAUGUUGAAGAACUUCAACGAUUAUCAUCGAGCAAUAAACUUAAUCUUGCUAAACCAUUCAAUGUAACAGAAAAAAAACAAAGAAGAGACGGAGAACAAAAUGCUCAAAAACAAAAACAAUCUCGUCCGCAAGUUAUUCUUGAUACUGAUUCAAAUGAAGUCAAGAUUUUAACACGUCAAGUUGCUGAUUCUUUAACACCACCAAGUACACCAAAUGAAAGUAGUAAUAUAGAACAAGAAUUACUUGAUGUUCUACGUGGUCAUCGAGUUGUUAGUAAAAAUACACGACGAAUGGAUAAAAAAACUGAAUUUUCUCCAGAACAUUCAGAACAAAAACAAUACAAUGAACAGGAUAGAUUGCCAUUAAAAAAACGUAUCCGUCCAACAGCUGAUAGUAAUACUGAACAAACAACUGAAGCUUUUUCAUCUUUAUUACGUGAUAUUAAAUUAAACCCAACUCGUGGUACACCGAAAUCAACACUUGACGAAGAUUUUAUUCGAGAUGCGGUAGAUGGAUCUAAUGUUCGACCACGAUUUAGUGAUAAUCAUGAGCAGAAACGUGAUAGUAACGAAUAUCGAAGACCAAUGCGUGACACAAAACGUCGACAAGAAUUUAUGAAACCGCAUCAAUUAUGGAGUGGUCAACCAUUAGGAAUAUUUACUAAAGAAGAAGAUUUAACUUUAAAAAUUUCUCCAAUAUGGGAUAAAUAUGAAGAAGAUGAAAUAACAAGAAUAUCAGCCAUUCCACCACGAAAUGCUUUUGAAGAGAUGAUUCAAUGGACUAAAGAUGGAAUUCUUUGGAAAUUUCCAGUUGAUAAUGAACAAGAUAUUGGUUCCGAAGCGGAUAUUCCAUUUUAUGAACAUGUUUUAUUAGAACGUCAUCUACAAGAUUUUCCAAAUUCUCCAUUGAUUCGUCAAUUUAUGGAACUUGUUUGUGUUGGUCUAGGUCGAAAUCCUUACUGGACAGUUGAACAAAAACUCGAGCAUAUCAAUUGGUUUCGAAUUUUUUUUAAUGAAAAAAUGCAUGUUUUCAAUGAAACAGUUCAUACAGGUGCUAUAAAAACUUCUGCACAACCAUCUACUGCAAAACCUGUUUCAACGUUUAAACCAAAACCAGUAGUACCACCACCUGCACCUAAAGUUGUUCCUGUUGUUACUCCACUACCACCUGUAAAAACAUCGACGACGGCGAGUAAAAAAUAA